AUGAACUUUGGGGUAAUGGCUGGCCAUUUGGGUUGGGGUUUAAUAGGAGAGGAGGGUUGGAGGAAGGGACCCUGGACUUCUGACGAAGAUAGAUUGCUUAUUGAGUAUGUCAGGCUGCAUGGUGAAGGACGAUGGAACUCUGUUGCUAGGCUUGCAGGGUUGAAAAGGAAUGGAAAGAGCUGUAGACUGAGGUGGGUGAAUUAUCUGAGGCCAGACCUCAAGAGGGGGCAGAUAACCCCUCAUGAGGAGAGCAUAAUUCUAGAGCUGCAUGCUAGAUGGGGGAACAGGUGGUCAACAAUUGCUCGAAGCUUGCCAGGGAGAACUGACAAUGAGAUCAAGAACUACUGGAGGACCCAUUUCAAGAAAAAAGCUAAAGUCCCUUCUGAUGCCUCUGAAAAGGCAAAAACACGCCUGCUAAGGAGGCAGCAAUUUCAACAACAGCAGCAACAGCAGCAGCUGCUACAACAACAACAACAGCAACAGCAACAAUUGCAACUGAAUCAAGCGGACAUGAAAAGGAUCCUGGCCUUGCUCGAUGAAAAUGACCAUAAGGCUACAUCUGUACCUCAAGCAAGGCAGGAAAUGAGCACCAUGUAUCCCAACACCACUGAGGAGCAGAGCUAUUUCUAUUCCUUGCUCAAUAGCAAUGUGCUUGUGCCUGAGGCCUCAAACGAGGACAUAAUAUGGGAUGGAUUAUGGAUGGAUGAUGUCCAUGGCAAUUUCAAUACAGCCAGCGCCACAACCAGAGCUAGUCUGCAGAAUCUAGUCACUCCCUUUUUAAAUCUUUGACUAGUUUCA